UAAGCUCGUCUUGAGCUUUCUAAGUUUGAUUUAUGAACGCUUCUACCUUAAUAUAUUUUUAAAACAAAUAAAAAAUCUAAAUCCUAAUUUUGUCCAUUUUUUACCUGUUUAAAUAAUCCAAACACGGCCCUAUGCAACCCCGUCAAAAUGAAUUUCCAACAAACACGCCCUUUUUUAACGGAAAGUAACGACUUCACAAACUACCUCGGACACCAAAACUCUUAAAACGACAACGUUAAACAAAUCUAGAAGAGGCAGAACAAGAUGGGAUCGCUUCCGUACGCCGACGUGGACAGUACCCUAAGAGCAAUAGCCGGUCAAGCCGAGGGCUUCGGCCGGUUUGCCAUCGGCGGUCUCCACGGUCCUCUCUUUCCCGUCACCACUUUAGCCGAUGACGGUCCGGGUUCUCUCCGAGAAGCCUGCCGGAGACCUGGACCAGGUUGGAUCGUGUUCAAAGUGUCGGGUGUAAUCCAACUUUCAUCGUACUUAAACGUGGGUUCUCACAAGACAAUAGAUGGACGAGGUGAAAGGGUGAAGCUGACAGGAAAAGGGUUAAGGUUAAAGGAAUGUGAAAAUGUGAUUGUUUGUAAUAUGGAGUUUGAAGGAGGAAGAGGACAUGAUGUUGAUGGGAUUCAAAUCAAACCCAAUUCAAAGCAUAUUUGGAUUGAUAGGUGUAGUUUUAAAGAUUAUGAUGAUGGGUUGAUUGAUAUUACCCGAGGAAGCACUGACAUCACUGUUUCUAGAUGUUACUUUGCUCAACACGACAAGACAAUGCUUAUUGGAGCAGACCCUUCUCAUGUUGGGGAUAGGUGCAUUAGAGUGACUAUUCACCAUUGCUUUUUUGAUGGAACUCGGCAAAGGCAUCCUCGUCUUCGAUUUGGGAAGGUACAUUUGUACAACAACUACACCAAACACUGGGACGUUUAUGCUGUUUGUGCAAGUGUAGAAGCUCAGAUAUACUCCCAAUGCAACAUAUAUGAAGCUGGAAAGAAGAAAAAAACUUUCGAAUUUUAUACCGAGAAGGCAGCCGACAGGGAAGAGGCAAGGUCUGGCUUAAUAAGAUCUGAAGGAGACUUGUUUCUGGAUGGUGCACAACCAUGCUUACUAACAGGCAUUGGUGAAACAAGUGUAUUCCAUCCAAGUGAAUAUUAUCAAACAUGGACAAUGGAAGCACCCUCAGAUUCUUUGAAACAUGUCCUUCAAAUAUGUGCAGGUUGGCAACCCAUUCCUCAACCUGUCGACCACCAUAGCUGAUGGUAUUUUGGUAGCUUCUCAUUUUCUUCUUCAUGAAUCUAGUUUAUAUGAUCCUAGGUACAGGCUUUAGACUUGUAUCUCAUUUUCUUUUCUUUUUCUCGUAUUUUUCUUCCUUCCAUUCAACCAGGAUGUAUAAAAGAAUGUUGUUUCAACAUUUGGACGCUUGCAAAACAGAAGAUUAAAUGCAAAGUUAUUAUUUAUUUUAUGU